UUCACAAACCCGGCGUUACUCUCCUCAUAUCGGUCAGCAGUGAGCAGAUUCUAUUUCUCUCAGCUCUCCCUCUGUCACAUCGCCGCUGGAGGAACUACUGCACUACGGCUCCAAAAGAAAGAUCUUCUAAAUUUGUUCUUGCCUGCGGCAACUGCAACAACGAGCGCGUGCCGAAGGCACACGCUACCCCGCCGCGGCCUGGCACACGCCUUGGACCCCCGCCGCUGCUGGGCCACACGGCCCGCCUUCCACCACACAAACAUCAUCUUUUCCACUAUACCCGGGGAGCACUCCUCUUCCUUUCCAGGCCACACACACACACACCGGCAGUAGUACAGCGACGACAGCAGAGAGUCAGCACCGCGCACCAGCAUCAUCAUAACGGGCAGGCGAAAACAUGCCAUCGUCUCUCUUCGGCACGGUGAUCUUGCUGGCGGGCGCAAGCCUGACAAAGGCGUGGGUCUCGCCGCCGGCUCACCAGCCGCGGAGUCCGGGCGCGGCAGGAGGAGCUGCUGCUCCUUCGACCGGAGCCUCCCCGUGCUUCGGCAGGAGCUCGCUGUCUCCGCGCUCGAAACCUCUGACAAGAUGGGAUGCGCAGCUUGAGAGGGCGAGAUCCGCGCACCGGGUCAAGGAUUGGACAGAGGUGCAGCAUUGGUGUUCCAGGGUGAUCGACCUUGCCGAUGACUGGAACGCGGUCGAGCAGGCGCACCUCAGGCUUGCGCUCGCGGCGCAGAAGAGCAGCGGGGUGGCUGGCGGACGGAGAGCAUUUCAGCAAGGCAUUCGAGACUGUCCCAGCUCCGACACGCUCCUGGUGGCCUGGGCGCUGAUGGAGUCCAAGAUCAAGAACAGCGCCCACUCCAGGCGGCGCGCCUGGGCCCUGAUCCGCCGCGCCAUCGCCCUCAACCCCAACAAGAACCGGCGGGUCCUCUCGUGGUCGGUGUUCGCCGCCGACCUGGCCCUGGCGGAGGCGGCGGGCGGGGGAGCCGCCGUCGUGGAGGCGGUGCGGUCGGCCCUCUCGCCUCCGCCUCCGACGCCGCUUCUGCCGGAGCCGACGGCGGCCGGCGGCAAGGGCAUCGGCGGCGCCGCCGCCGGCGGGGUCAGGACGAGGGCCCUCGAGCGGGAGGAAGAGACAAUCCUAGCGACCAAGCUUCUGGACCUGUGCCACAGCAACAAGGGUUUCCAAGAAGCGCCUGAGGUUCCUCCCGCUGCCACUGCUGCAGCCGUGCCGGCGGCGGCUCCGGCGACUACGGCGACUACGGCGGCCUCCGCGGCGCCAUCCGAGAGGUUCCAGGAGCUCGCGGGGGAGCUGGAGAGGAAGGGGGGCGGGGCCGCGGCCGGGGUGCGCGCGCUCAGCGGCACCUGGCGGCUCGUGUUCACCACCAGCGCGGACUGCAACCGCUACCUUUCCCGAACAGGCAACGAAGUCUACCAGCGGCUAACCCCUCCCAUCAUGGCGAUCAAGCCGAGGCCCUCCUGCAAGCAGCCCGCACCGUUCCGGUGUGAGGUUCUCCUCCGGCCCGCCGCCGCCACGACGGCAACAGGCGGCGGAACCGCUGACGCUUCGUACGGAACCCGACCGCUAUCACCACCUUCACACGGCACCAAGGCCGCUCCCAAAGCCACCGUGGCUUACUUCUUCCGCGGGUGGGCGGACAAGUCACCGCCCGACCAACAGAGGGAAGGCUGUCUCCUCAAGCAGCACGUGGCCGCUCGCUCCGCCACCAUCGUCGCCGGCGGCGGAGGCGGCGGCGAGACCAGUGGCGGUUCGCUGAAACGCGCACCCUCGCCGACCCCGCCGCCGGCCGUGUUCAGCGCUCUGGGCCUGGUCGCGGCGAGGUGUAAGGGGUUGGAGAGGCUGGCGACGCAGGAGGUGACGUACGUGGGGAAGCAGCUUCGGAUCGGGAGGACAACCGAGGGGGACGUGCAAUAG